AUGUCUCACGAGGAGGAUCUCAUUGACUACUCCGACGAGGAGAUCCAGCCCACCGAGGCGCCCGCUAACGGCGGUGCGGCUGCGGCCAAGGGCGGUCUCGCUGCUGGUGAUGCUGCUGGCGACAAGAAGGGCAGCUAUGUCGGCAUCCAUUCUACCGGUUUCCGCGACUUCCUGCUCAAGGACGAGCUCGUACGAGCAAUUACCGACUGUGGCUUCGAACAUCCUUCCGAGGUCCAGCAAGUUACCAUCCCCCAGGCAAUCCUCGGAAACGAUGUCCUUUGUCAGGCCAAGUCUGGUCUCGGAAAGACUGCCGUCUUCGUUCUCGCAACCCUCCAGCAGAUGGACGAGAAGCCCGAGCCUGGUGUUGCCACCAUUCUAGUCAUGUGCCACACUCGCGAGUUGGCCUACCAGAUCCGCAACGAGUACAACCGUUUCGCCAAGUUCUUGCCAGACGUCAAGGUCGGUGUCUUCUACGGUGGAACACCUGUACAGAAGGACAUUGAGCUCCUUAGCAACAAGGACACCCACCCCCACAUCAUUGUCGGAACACCUGGUCGCAUCAACGCCCUUGUUCGCGACAAGCACCUCCGUCUUGCCAACCUGAAGCACUUUGUUCUUGACGAGUGCGACAAGAUGCUUGACCAGCCUGACAUGCGCAACGAUGUCCAGUCCAUCUUCCGUGCCACUCCCCAGCAUAAGCAGGUCAUGAUGUUUUCAGCUACGCUGAACAAGGACGUGCGUGUUGUUUGCAAGAAGUUCAUGCAGAACCCGCUUGAGAUCUACGUCGACGACGAGAAGAAGUUGACGCUGCACGGUCUUCAGCAAUACUAUGUCAAGCUUGACGAGAAGGAAAAGAACCGCAAGCUGAACGACCUUCUUGACAACCUGGAGUUCAACCAGGUUAUCAUCUUUGUUCGUUCCACUCUGCGCUGCUCUGAGCUUGACAAGCUUCUCCGCGAGUGCAACUUCCCCAGCACUGCUGUGCACUCUGGCAUUAGCCAAGAAGAGCGUAUUAAGCGCUACAAGGAGUUCAAGGAGUUCCAGACACGUAUCUGUGUGUCGACGGAUAUUUUCGGACGUGGCAUUGAUGUUGAGCGCAUCAACGUAGCGAUCAACUACGACAUGCCCGACAAGGCUGAUGCAUACCUGCACCGUGUCGGUCGUGCAGGACGUUUCGGAACCAAGGGUCUGAGUAUCUCAUUCGUGAGCAGCCCCGAGGACGAGGCUGUUCUCAAGUCGAUUGAGGAGCGAUUCCAGGUCGAACUCCCCGAGUUCCCCGAGGACGGAGUCAACUCUGCCACUUACAUGGACAACUAG